AUGAAUUUUUUACGCACAGAAUUAUUCGAAUAUGAAACUCAUUACCGUGUGGAGAAGCUGAAGUCACAAGGUAUAUUUGAGAACAAGAGGCAGGACCCCACAGGUCUGAUUGCAGCACUGCAAUCUACUGAGCUGGUGGGCGUUCUCAACAUGCUUUACUGCAUCCUCCUGCACGGUAUAAUCCCAGACCAUAACACUUCAGCACCUGCAGAAACCUACCCACAGCACACCAUUCACGUCGCAAUCCAGAGUCUUCGCUUUCUUAACAGUUUUGCAUUUUUGGACCUUCCCACUUUUCAGGCUGUGUGUGGCGCUGAGGGCCUGUCUCUGGCAUUCCGCCACAUUGUCAGCUCACUACUGUGGUACUGUUACCAUCAUACCUGUGAGGACCUGCUGCAUGAGGUCAUCGUCUGCGUGGGCUAUUUCACUGUAAACCAUCCUGACAAUCAGCUAACAGUGCAAUCUGGCCGCCACCCCACAGUCCUUCAGAAACUCUGCCAACUGCCUUUUCAGUACUUCAGUGAUCAACGGUUGAUCAAAGUCCUGUUUCCAACAUUAAUAACAGCUUGUUACAACAACCCACAGAACAAGGUCAUCUUGGAGCAGGAGAUGAGUUGCAUUUUGCUAGCUACCUUUAUUCAGGAUUUUGCACAGAGUUUGAGUCAGUCUGACAAUAAGUCUUCUCAACAAAAGGAGAGAAUUCCUGGAGCUCAAGACUACCUAGAUUUCUCCAACAGGUUCCCCAGGGAGAUGUGGGAGGAUGCCCGGAAAUUUUUUUUAAACAAAGACACAAUUUGCUAAGGAUAAAACAGAAUUGGGAAAGGGUGGAAAAUACUCAAUGCCACAAAACGUUACUUGAUUUAUAAAUUUGUCUUGUAAUUCAUUCAUUGACAUUAUGUUCUAGAAUGUUCUUAUAUAUGAUUUGCACAAAUUGUAUAUAGUACCAACUGUACAUACGAUUUUCAUUGUAAUCACUUUUUGACAAUUUUUUAAUGUGAUGCUUUCUAAUGUAUUUGUGUGUAGGAUAAUCCAUUUGGUUCUUGUUGUUUAGAAUGAUCCAGCAGUCCCCUGUGGAAUGCAUGAAUUAAUUUUAUUUAUUAGCAGUGUAUCGGUGGCUUAAGUACGCUGAUGACGCAAUAAAAUUAUUUAUUUUCAUCUG